AUGGAACCCAGGCAAUUGGGUGAAGCCGUUACUGAGGAAAGUGAUGAGGAAAUUAUAGAUUUGCCCUUGGCGGACGAUGAUGACAAAAGCUCUAUGAUGAGUUCGGAUGACUCUCCGACAUACAGCGGCCGGAGUAUGGAGCUUUGUGAAGACAACUGCAGUGUCUGUCUAGAUAGUAGAGAGGCUGAGGCUGAUCUGUCAGUAGAAUUAGAAGAAAUGGAAACCGCAGAAUCUACUGGAGUGAUGGAAGAAACCGCGAUGGAUUUAGCAGAACUAGAAGAGGAAGAAGAAAUAGUGGCGGCCGCUGUUCCAGAGGUAGAGCAAGCUGUAAUACCAUUUGGUCGGCCUCGCACAGUGACCCCAGAAGAACUUCAUCGAGUUUACCAUAGCGAAUUGGCGUUGAAUGAGAUAUCCGCUUACUUUGGACCUUACCGCAUAAUUUUUGAUGUGGUCAGUGGGAAUUUAAUGAUGGGAAGGAUAAUUAUCAUGCUGAGCAAUUUUGAGCCAGAGUUGAGGAAACACUUUUAUAAGAUGGCUGAUGGAAAUCGCACAAAUCGUAGUUUUUCGGGAACAAUUUUUCAUCGGAAAACUAAUAAGUUCAUUGAGGGAGGAGUGCUCACCAGUUCAAACGAUACCUCGACAGUGGAAUCUCUCUAUACAACAAAACCUGUGAAUAACCCCAAAUUUUAUAGCAAAUAUGUAAUGAUUGCGAACCGAAACAUUCAUGACGACUACCGAGGAACACGUUUCCUGAUUACCACGAGCCCCUUGUUGCACUGCGACCAGGAUCACAUUCCACUAGGCACUAUUGUUUGCGGACGAGAGAUAUUCGAUCAGAUUGCCGAACUACCAUGUGACCAAGAUGGGAAAUUCCUCUCUACGCUAUCCAUUCAUCACUCUGUAAAUCACAAAUUGACAAAAGAUCAAUGGCUUCGCUGUGGAAAGUACGAGAAACCAUGGCAACGAGAUUUGAAGCGAGCACUGUUACCACGCUAUCAAGUCCGGAAGCUGAGUCGUCAAUCUUCCAACAACGCGUCUGAAAGUGUAUCCGGCGGAAGGUCACAGAACCAUCGAGACGAUUCGCCAUCGGAACAAGUCAACUGA